AAACGUUAAAUGCUCUCUCUUACAACCCUAGGUUGCCAAGCAACAACGUACAAAUUCAGAACUAGGGCUAUUAAAGUUCAAUGUAAUUCCGGUAUUUACUGUCAUAUUUAGGAAAGGCCGAGAUGACAUUCAUUAAUUAUUUGGACCGAAUUAGUAUGCUCUGAAUGACCUUUAGGAGGAGACGGUGUCAGAGACCUCGAGGAAUGUAGUAGACAGACCCGUCCAGGCUCCAGCCUUCCUUCAUCGGACACAUUUAGGGCAGAAAUGAGCGAUAUGAAUUCUGUUCGAGAACGGUAGGCUUCUUUUACAGGCAGUGGAAAGUGUAUCCAAUGCAUCUUUAAUCUUGUCUCAAACUGAUUAGCCUGCCGUCACAAUGAGUGAUAUUGAAUUCAGUGCCGCGGACUCAGAUCCUGUUUCUGAUGUCAAUCCAGAAGAAAUGGCAAAGUUAAUGGCUGAUUUGGAGGAUUUGGAUGAUGGAUUACCCAAAGGCAAACCCAAGUCAGCAACUUCACAAAAAAGUGAAAAAGAUGCAAAUCGUCGAGUGACCUUUGAUAACAAAAACUCCCAUCCUCUUCUAAAAACAAAAGAAGCCGCUAAUGAUGAAGAUGAUGAUUGGGAUGCCGAUGACUUACUGUACUCUGAUGAUGACACUCAUAAAAGUAAACCACCAAAGAAAACAAAAUCGCCAGGUAUAACUUCAUCUUCAUCAACUAAAGUUACUAGUCCAAGAAAAAAUAAAUCAGAUCCUGAAGAAUCAGUUCCAAAAGCAAAUGCAAAGAGUCAGUUAAUGGCUGAUCUCUUUAGUGACGAUUCACCCAAGAAAGAUUCUGGUAAAAAGAUAAGUACACCCCCACCUAAAGCAACCAAACCAGAUAAAAGUAAGUUGAUGUCUGACCUGUUUGGUGGAAGUGAUAUGCCUGAAGAUCACUCAAAAAAAGAAAGCCCUGUAAAGAAGACACUGCCUUCUUCAAGCUCAAAACAGGCUAAUGUGGCUAAAAAGACAAAGGAUGAAAUUACUUUUGAUGAUGAUGAUGAUGAUCUACUAGGAGGUAUUGGAGACUCUAAUCCUAAAAGCAAAGUUUCAUCUGACUCUCCUCAGUCAAAGGGGUUUUUGGAUAGUCUUUUAGCUAAGAGUACUACAACAGAAAUGGCAAAAGGGAAAAAAGAGAAGUCUCCAGAAUUUGUGCUGGAUGAAAAAUACAAGAAUAUUGGAAAAGAAAAAAAGGAAGACCUUGGAUUUGGGCAUUACUUACCAUCUUCAGGCAAAUCCGGUAGCCCUCAUCAAAGGACUCCUAAGAAGAGCAGUUCAGAUGAUCCAUUUGACUUUUUAAAUGACCCUGAACCAAGGAGACGAAAUCCAAGAUCUGCAACACAACAAAAGACAUUUGAAAUUGAUGAUGAUGAUAUUUUAGGGAAUGUUAGGUCCCGUAGAGGAAAAACCAAAGAAAGUAAAGAUCCACCACAGAGUAAAGGCAACUCAGCCAAAAAUCCAUCCUCAUCUUCUAAAGCAAAAGGUGAUGAUUGGUUGUUUGGAAGUUCUGGAAGUCCUGAUAAAGCUGCAAAAAAGGAGAUGGAUGAAGCCUCUGUUGAAGCAACUGUUGACCAUGAAAGUAAUAAAGCCAAGUCAGGCUCACCUAAUAAAUCCCAGGAUUGGCUUGGAAACCUGCUAUCUGGUAGUAAGAAGUCACCUGUCAAACCACCUCAGGGUUCUUCUAAUGUAGAUUCACCAGGUAUGAAGCAAACAAGCCCAGCACAAAGUAGCAAAUCUCCUAUUGCACAUUCAGCACAUGAUGAUUAUCUUAAGGUUGAACAGUCUAAGAGUAUGACAUCAGGCAGAUCUCCAGUUGUAACAGUAGUCCCAGAUGCUCAGAUGCAAAAGACAAGUGAAGUAUAUCAGGAGGAAUUACAGAGACAAAAGGAAUUGGCAGAGAUCCAAACUAGUCAGUCAGUUAUGCAGAUGAAAGCUCACCAAGAACAACUUGUACAACAGCAGGAAGCUAAACUGAAAGCAUUGUCCCAGAUGAAGGCUCAGCAAGAUGAAUUUGAAGCACAUAUGGCACAGCAACUUUUGCAGCAACAAGAAGACUAUGCAAAGUUACAGGCAUCAGCAAUGAAAAGAUACCAGGAAGCUAUGACAUCUAAUGUGGGUGGGUUCGGUUUGAUUCAGUCAGUACCAGAAGCCAAAUCAGAUGAAUCAUUGAAAGAACUACAGGUUCGGUUGAGAAGUGCAGAAGUAGAUGUAGCCAGAUUGACAGCAGAACUGGAUUUGAUUCGUAAACAGCAUUCAGAGGAAGUAGCUAUUUUACAGGAAAGUUUUAUUAAAAGACAUCAGAUGGAAAAAGAUGUAUGGGAACGUACAGAACAGCGACUAAAAGAAGAACUUGAAAACAUAACAUCAGAUUUUCAGACAAAAAUAGCUGCAGUACAAGCUGAAAAGGGAGCUUUGGUUGCUUCACAUGAAACACAAGUUGCAAAUGUAAAAAAAGAAUGGUCUUUGGUAGUUGAUCGUACAAAACAACUUUAUGCAGAAAUGGCUGAAAGAAUGAAGGAAGAACAUAGUGCAGCUCUUGAAAGGAUGAGGUACCUUAAAGACUUGGAACUGAAUGCUGCUAUUUCAGCCUCAGGGCAUGUGAAAGAGGUAGAAACUGUAAUGAUACAACUUGAAAACAAUACUGCCAAUUUAACGGAUUUAACUGCUACCAUCAACACUCGCCAUGAAACAGCACAAGAGAUUACUCAGAGGGCUUUGAAGCUUAAAGAGAAGCAGUUGAAAGAAUCUGAGGCACACCUUGAAGUCUCUCGAGCUGAAGCUGAAAGCGAACGUGGGAGGCUUAAUGUUCUCAUCACCCGCCUAGAGAGCACUCUGAUGCAGCAAGGUUCAGAAGUUGAACAAGAGAAGUGGAAACUCAGUCAGGAACAGAUGAAGACAGAGAUGGAACGGAAAGCGUUGACUGAAGAACGCAAGCAUUUCCAGCUUAGCAUGCAGACAGAACGCCAGAACCUUGCCAGUGCUAGGGAAAGUUUAAUGUCGGAACAUAAAAUAAUGUUGCAAUCAAUUGCCCAAGAAAAACAGGAAUUGGCUUCUCAACGAGCACAGCUCAUUGCACAUGAGAAAGUCGGUCAGUUUUCACCAUUUAGGCACAACGCUAAGUAUAGUCAAGUGGAAUUAGAUGCUGAAAUGAAGUUCUUAAAUGAUGAACAUCGCAGACUGCAAGAAAAGAUGACUGCAGUGGUAUAUAGAGAGAAAUGCCUAGAUGAGGAAGAAGAAAGGCUUGGGGAAUUGAGCUCAAAAUUAGAGCAAGAAAAAGCAAAGAAUGCUGUGGUUAAGGAGUAUCUAGAUCAAGAAAAGUUAUCUCUGAAGAAGAUGCAGGAAGAAGUGGAAUCUCAAAGGCAGAGUUUCCAGGGCACAAGAGAGGAACAACAGAUUCGACUGGCUCAGAUAGCAAGUCAAACACAAGCGUUACAUGCUCAACAAGAUAGACUAGAAAGG